CUACGUUGGUUAUGAUUCGUGAUAGUAGCAAAUUUUGCUGAUGCUCGUGAGGGUUUUCCUAUAAUAUGGUCAUUAUUUUGUAUAGAAGACCGACAUACUGCGACUUUACCAUAUUCUCGAUCUUCUUUGUAUGAUUUGAUUUGUGAAGUGUGAUGUUUGACGAGGUCAAUCUUUUGCUAGGUAGGAAUGGAGUAAAUAUCUCUAUGAAUUUCAUGUGUUGCCUGAUUGGUCGGCUGUUGUAAAGCUUGAAGCUCAGUCACCAAGGCGGAAGGGAGAACGAACUCAAUCCAACUUCAAACAAAUAACAAGAACAACCAACCAAAGUCAUCAACUAUGGCACCAGCAACUCCUGAAGCUGAAGCUCAUCAAGCACUGAUCGAUCACCUUGAUGUCCAUUCAAUACGAAAACCAUUUCGCAAUCCACAUUGGAGACCUAAUCAGCGUCGCAACAAGAAUAUCAAGACAAUUCUUGGUGAUGCGGUCCGAAAGGAAGCAUCACUUAUGCCGACACAAGACAACAGUGGUGCUGCAACACCUUUCUCUGAAGAUAAUACUACUUCAACGGAUGGCGAUAUGACACCCGCACCUACGAGCGCGCCUACACUUCAGCCGAACCUUGCGCAGGCUUCCAAGAACCUAUCGAAAUUGGUGUUGGAGAAGAAUAUGAGGACGAACGGCUAUUCCAAUGCGCCUACUGCGACGUAUACAAAUAUCGAAUCGGCGCCAUCAUUAGCACAUGCAAAGCAUUAUUGCGAUAUUACAGGACUACCAGCACCGUACACAGAUCCCAAGACGAGGCUACGAUAUCACAAUAAGGAAGUGUUUGGCGUUGUUAGAUUUUUGGGUCAAGGAGUUGCAGAACAGUACUUGGAAGUACGAGGAGCGCAUACUGUUUUGAAGUGAAAGACGAUGGUAAUUUACCACGUUGGUUCAUCUGGAGAAAGUGUAAUCAUCGGCCAAGGUUUUACUCAUACACAUACAAUGACACGCUUCACCACCUCCAAGGAUCGCUAGAUGACGCACAAUUUGGAUGGUUAUCUUACGAGACGGAUGUAUAUACAGGGAAUAGAGUCGAGAGGGAAUAAUACAUGAUACCAGAGGGAAAUUAUGCGAUGGAGAUGAAUAGAAUCAGCUUUUGAUGGUUCUUAAAAAAAGGACCAAAAAGGGUCAAAGAAGCACGAGGAUAUGUCUGACCGACAAAGUCAAGCUCAUUCUACCCGCCAACCAUCUUUCAAUGGUUGGUUCAGGAAUACGCUCCGGCUUAAUCGCGAUCAUGGAUGAUAUCUGCCUACUCUAGUAGAGAUGACGGGGUACCGAGAACAUAUAGAGAAUGAAACUCAGUCACCAGGACAAAUUGUCCUGGUUCGUCGUGGCAAUCA